AUGGAGCAGAAUAAUGCUGCCAUUGAGUUGAUCAACAGUGUCACUGGUGCUGAUGAGGAGGGUCGGUCCCGCCAACGAAUUCUUACAUUUGCUGCAAAAAGAUACGCUAGUGCUAUUGAUAGAAAUCCAGAUGAUUAUGAUGCACUCUAUAAUUGGGCUCUGGUCCUUCAGGAAAGUGCAGAUAAUGUUAGUCCAGACUCUAGUUCACCUUCUAAAGAUGCAUUGCUUGAAGAGGCGUGUAGAAAGUAUGAUGAGGCCACCCAUCUUUGCCCUACACUUCAUGAUGCUUAUUAUAAUUGGGCCAUAGCAAUCUCCGAUCGUGCUAAAAUGCGUGGGCGUACAAAGGAAGCUGAAGAACUAUGGAAGCAGGUUUAA